GUGCGACGAAAGCAACACCGCCAAAAAGUAAUAACCACGACUAGGAAUGAUGGUGUCAGAGAAGGAGACAGAGAGUAUCCGCAGGUUUGUGUGUGGUCAACUCCGCCAUGUGUCGGACUUAAGCACACUGACCUUAGGAAUUUUAAAAAAACGAUAUUUGGCACAAGUGGGGCGUGCGUCAUUGAGUCCAGAGGCCAGAAAUUACAUGAAGCAGGUGGUUGAAGAAGAACUGAUGAAAAUGGAGGACACUGACAAAAAUGGAGGCGAGCUGGAGACUGAGAAGCCCCAAAAGAAAAGGAAGAGAGAAAAGGAAAAUGAUGAGGUGGUCAGUGAGAGAGAAGAUGAAGACGAAUCCAGGGCAAAGAAAUCCCGUUGUCAGUCAAGUCCAUCAUCAGAAUUGGAGGAUAAAGAGGACCGCAAAACAAAAAGUGAGAUGAGUGAGGAGGAAGACCCAGAGAAAUCUGGAUCUGAGGACUCAGAGCAAGAGGUCAAAAAAUCACAGCAAAGGACAAAAAGAAACCACAAACAGCAGAUGAGCAGUGAAGAGUCUGCAGAUGAGGAAAUGAAUGAGCCAGGAAAAAAAGAGAAUGAGAGUAACUGCAGUGACAGUCCCAAAGAAACAGCGAAAAAGGAAGCACAAACCGCAAAGAAUGGAGGCACACGCAACAGCGCAAGUCCAGGAAAGAAAACACCACAGGGGGAUGAAGAGGAUGAACCUGCCACAGAUAGUGACUCAGAAAGGAGUGACAAAAUCAACGGUAACAAGUCCUCAGAUGACAGUGAGAAAGAAGAAAAAGUCUCAUUGGAAAAGAAAAAUGACAACCAAGACUCAGAUUCAUCAUCACUCCCUUCUUUGGAGGAUGACCAGGAUAGUGGGACAGAAAAGAAUCAAGAUAAUAAAAAGAAGAAAACCACCAAAAAAGAAGAGAGCACCAAAGGCCAAAAGGAUGACAACAGGGCAGUUGUGAGGCUCAAACGAUACAUCGCUCUCUGUGGCGUGAAGCGGAAUUACAAGAAGCUCCUCAAUGGCUGUCGCUCUAUUUGCUCCAUGGUGGCUGUUCUUAAGAAGGAGCUUGAAGAUCUCGGUGUCCAUGGUCAGCCCUCUGUUAAAAAAUGCAAAACAGUCAGAAUGAAGAGAGAGGAGGCUCAGGAAUUAGCUGGACUUGAUGUCAGCAACAUCAUUUCCACACAAGGUCGUCCCAAACGCAGAGCAGCCUCAGCAUGGACGGAACAACACGACCCUCCGUCUUCAACAUAUCAGCACACUUUGAACUCCGGCUCUGAAAGCGAUCAGGAAAACAAUCCACACAGAGGACGCAGAAGAGACUGGGCCAACCUGCAGGGGAUCAUCAGUGAUGAUGCAGACAGUGACUGACGGGGACAAGUCUUCAGAGGUCACUCAAAUAUGGACAUUUUUUUUUUUGUAAGUUGGGUUUUGGACCGUUGGCACUUUUGAUACUUUUACUUUCGUACUACAGUUACUUCAACUACAAAUUUCUACAAUACUUUUGCCAAAAAAUAUAAAAAUUGGUGAUGACUGAGUGAUGAUAAAUAAUUUUUUCAUGUAUAUGUAUUUUGUUUCAAAUAAAAGUAUUGUGUGCA